AUGAAGCUCUUCAAUAAAGGGACCAAACAAGAUGAAAGACAAAAAAAGGUGACAAAUUACCCCAGUUCCACCGCGGGGAGUACAUCCGCCAGCACAUCCGCCAGCACAUCCGCCAGCACAUCUGGAAGUGUCCCCGCAGAAACUCCGCCUGCCGAAACUUUAAAUGUUGCUAUGGAACAAUUAAAUCUCGAUCCGUUUGUAUCGCCAAGACAUGAAGAAGUGCCCAUGUGGAAUAUUCUUCCGUCUUAUCAGUUGUACGAGGCAACGUUCUCGAAGAGUAUUCACCCCAAUAGUGAAGAUCUUCGAUAUGAACCUCCUGCUUAUCAGCUGGAUAGAGAACCUGCUCCUACUCAAGAUGGCUAUUUUCCGCCCGUGGAGCAAGCUCGAGGUGAACCGAUGCAAACAUGGGAGAAUAGUAUUCUUGCCAAUACCCAUCGUAUGAAAAAGUUGUCUGAUAUAGACAACAAAGUUGCUAACCACCUCCACGUGGAGAUCUACGUCACUGAAAAACCAGGAAAACUCGGAGUGAAGCCCAGCAUUAUUGAUCCCCUGGUGUGGGAGUUUCAGCAGGGCGACAACGUCAAUGGGUUUCUUACAGUUACAAACACUUCUGAUAGAAAAUUACCUUUCGAUGCCUUGUCUGUGGUUUUGGAAGGAAGAGUGAUGGUCACCAGCGACAGCGUUGAGUCGAAAGAGCCUUCGGUGUUUUACAAGUUUUUGAACAUGUUUGAUUAUUCGGCUUCGUGGACUCCAACAAUCUUGGUUUCUGACUUUGACCUGAAUGUGGAUCCAGUAGACAAUACUGAAUUGAUGUUCCCCAUGAAACGAUACUUCACUCCGGGAAUCACCUACAAGCGGUUUUUCAACUUUUGCAUCCCAGAUAAGCUUCUUGAUUGUGCCUGCGAAACCCAUAACUUAGCCACCCAUUGCGAGCCACCGCCCACUAUAGGACUCGCCAGAGACCAGUUCUUGAAAAAUUUGCGUAAAUUGAGAGGCAGACCUGCCACUCCCACUCAUCUGCGUAGCACGUCAGAUUUCACCAUAGGCGGAACACCACCUUCCCAUAGUAAAAAGACCUCUCCUAUGGCCGGUUCACUGGCCAAGAUGAGAGAUUUCUCUUUUGCAGAUACCUCGAUCAGUUACUCCGUCGAAGUUCGUGUCGUUGGUCAGGCGCAAGAGUAUGCGAAGGAGUUGGCCAAAAGCAAGACACAGGUGAGAGGUGACGAGUUUAUACUUUUGAACGAGACCAGUUGCUUUCUUCGGGUGAUACCACGAGAAAGAUUGACUCACGAAUUUGGUGCCGAAGCCGUGGAAAGUGAAGCGAGAACAAUCUACCUGAGCUUUUUGAACACUAUCAAGCGCAAGGUUGAGUUGGGUAAUGAUCUUUUGUCCGAGAAGACAGAGGAGACUCGAGUGAAUUUGGGACAUGCUCCGUCUUUGACAAAAAACAAGCAGUUGUUCAAUGUGACGGGAGACCGCCGUAAGCUUCGUCGUCAAGACUCCAAUGGAGUGUACCAAGUUUUUGUGCCCUACAAGAAAAAGACUUUGGUAGCCCCUCCCAAAGUUAUAGGUUUAAUUGGUGCUGCCGUACCGAAAAACCGUUAUCGAAUCAAGUAUAUUCAGCCAUGGAAGUUCCGCUCACAAGAAGAUCGAGAUCUUCAAUCUACGUUGGAAUUGCCUGUGGAACUUCGUUUUCUUCCUAGCGAAGGAUCUGCAAAGGGCGUUCUUCCUCCCGAUAUCAAAAGCGUUUCUGUGGAUAUUGUUGCAUGCACUUAUAGAUCCAAAAAGUAUCCCAUUCCCAUUGAGGUUUAUCAUGAUUUGGUAUUCAAAAAUAAACCAAGUGAACAAGACAACAUGGAGUCGCACUUGAUCAAACCAUGUAAAAAGUACCUUGACGAGCUCGUUUUGUUGACAAAGAAUUUGAGUUACGAUGUUCUCGAUAUUGACAGGAGUAUGAUCAUGGAUGUGAAGUCGAUUGCCAAAUUGAAUGUCAAGUACACUACAUUAAAGGUGGACAAUGUCAAAGUCAAGCCUAAGCAAGGUGUCAGCACCCAUUGGGAGGCUGAAGAAGCAUCGUUUUCUCACAAGAUGACGUUGAAUAUUUCCUUCAGCAAAUUGCUGUCAAAAGACUCUAGUGGCUCAUACGAAGAUUUGACUCAGGAACCAAUUGUAUUGGUUCCAAGUUUCCAAAGUUGCAUUAUUGGACGGCUCUACUACUUGAAAAUCAAUGCAAAGCUACAGAAUGGAGAACCGAUAACACUAAAAGUCCCAGUUACUAUAGAAAGGUAA